UCGUAAAAAGAACUUAAGUAUCAGUUAAGUUAGUCUAUAUCGUUACAUAUUGUUUUAGAGUUAGUAUUUCAUACAUACAUAGCUUUUUUUGUUUAGCAAUCUCGACGUAUAGUUCAAUAAUAAACUAAAAAAUUAGUUCUAGCAAAAGAUUAUAUCAUCAACGUAUUACGUAUAAUAAUAUAGUUAUCUUAGUUUAGAGUCCAUAAAUCCAUCGUUCCAACCAUAUAAAUUUAAAUAUGUCCACUUACGAAGACGACGAAGCUCUUUUCGAAGACAUUUAUGGUGAAGAUGAUACCACCGAACAAAAGCCAACUGAAGAAAAGCCUAAAGAAGAAGCACAAGUAGAUGCUACUUCUGCUAGCUAUUCUUCAGUUCCUGAAACUACUCCAUCUGUAAAUGAUGCUCCUGCAGAACAACAGGCAGUAGGAGGUCAAUUUCAAUUACCUCCUCAACCACCUGUUCCGCAAGCUCAACCUUCAGUAGGUAGUAGUCAAUCAACUCCUGCUUUUGAUCCUUCUCAAUUGCCUGUACCACCUCCUCAAAGUAUUCCUGGUUUCCCUCCAGUUCCACAGUUUGAUCCUUCUACGGGUCAACCAUUACCUCCACCACCUUUACCACCAACUAUUCCUCAACAUCAACCAUCAAAUGUCGGUAAAGAAAGUGGUAAGAUGUUUAUUGGUGGUCUUAACUGGGAUACUACUGAAGAAGGGUUAGUUGAGUAUUUCUCUAAAUAUGGUGAAGUUAUAGAUUAUACUAUAAUGAAAGAUAGUAAUACUGGUAGAUCAAGAGGGUUUGGAUUCUUAACAUUUAAGGAACCAUCCUCAGUAGAUGAAGUUAUAAAAACUGACCAUAUUUUAGAUGGGAAAUUAAUCGAUCCUAAGCGUGCUAUAGCUAGAGAAGAACAAGAUAAAGUUGGUAAAAUUUUCGUAGGAGGUAUUGAUCCUAUGGUUAAUGAAAAGGAAUUUAAUGAUUUCUUCUCUCAAUUCGGUAGUAUUAUCGAUGCUCAAUUAAUGAUUGAUAAAGAUACUGGUAGAUCUAGAGGGUUUGGAUUUAUUACUUAUGAUUCACCCGACGCAGUAGAUAGAGUUACUGUUAAUAAAUAUUUAACUUUAAAGGGUAAAGCAAUGGAAGUUAAGAGAGCCGAACCAAGAGGUCAACAUCAACAAAACCAACUUGCUGCUCAACAACAACAACAGCAACAGCAACAAUAUAAUUACGCCUAUGGUUCAGGACAAUAUGGUCAACAAUAUCCUGGAGCUGCUCAAAUGACUCCAGAAAUGGUUCAAUAUUAUCAAAGAAUGCAACAAUGGUAUAUGUACCAACAACAAGCCGCUGCCGCUCAAGCUGCCGGUCAACCAUUUGCUGGUCAACCUCCGGCUGUUCCAGGAUCUGAAGGUUCACAAACUCCUUCUGAUGGUCAACCAUCUCAACCUUUAAACCCUCAAGCCCAAAGUGAUGAACCUGAAGCUGAAGCUGAAACCGAGUCUAAUUAUGAAAGUGAAAGAAGAAGUAGUAGUGGUGAAGGUUAUAAUGAAAAUCCUCAUAGAGAUCAAAGAAGACUUAAUUUACCAAAGGGUCCAAAGAGAGCUCCACCUACUGGACCAUCAGGAGGUAGAGGUGGAUCAGGUGGAAGUAGAGGUCGUGGAGGUUUCCAGAAGAGAAGUAGAGGUUAUCAUCCAUACCGAGGAGGUAGAAGAUAAAAGAUAAAAUAGAAAACAUGCUAUUAAACAUACUAUAAUGAUAUUUUACUUUAUAUAUAUUAACCAUUAAUAAAAGUUAUUUAUGAUUCUAUUUACGCUUUCUACUAGGACGAGCAUUCUUGGCUCUCUUUUGAUCUUUCAAUUGUCUAGCCUUUCUAAUUUGUUCAGUAGUCUUUAUCUCUUGUUGUUGACCUGCUUUAUUAUAACCCUUAACUGAAAUACCAGAUUCAAUAGCCUUUUCAACCUUCUUCUU